AUGGACAACAAUUUCGCAGGUCUUCCCGAUAAAAAAUGCUAUCUGAAAUACAACAAGAAGAUUUUUUUCUCGUAUCCCACGAAGGAUUCAAAAUCUUUUCAGGUGGGAUACCUCGGCAUUGGCCCUUCCUCGGUAUCCGGUUCAUUACAUCUGCGAUACCCCAACAAAUCCCCGUUGCACGUUAACAAAAUUAACAUCACCUUGACCGGG